AUGCAAGGGUUGGUUGAACAAUUCCUUAAGUUGAAACCAUCAAAAUUUGCUAGUUUGGGAGACCCUUCGGAGGCUGAGGUAUGGAUAGAUGAGAUGGAAAAGAGUUUUACAUUGUUGAACUGCACAGAUGUGGAAAAAGUAUCCUUGGCGAAGUACCAACUUCUGGGAAAUGCUUACCAUUGGUUGAAGGCGAUGAAGGGAACAGUAUUCCCCGAAGGUGCUGAGGUGACUUGGGCUAGUUUUGUUUGGGCUUUCUUUGGAAAGCACUUUUCUGAUUGUGCUAGAGACAAUAAGGUGAUGGAGUUUAUGCAGCUAACCCAAAAUAACCUAAUGGUGGAUCAGUAUGAGGUAAGGUUUGUUGAACUCUCUAGGUUUGCUCCCAAGUUAGUUGAGGAUAGGGAGGAUAAAGCCAAGACUUUUUUGAAUGGUAUGAGGCCUAACAUUCGUAGGCAUUUAGUGCCUCCGAACUUGAAAGAUUAUCAUGAAUUGUAUGAGUGUGCUCAAAUACUGGAAUAG